AUGACGUGGCAACCUAUUACUGGAUGGGAAGUUCGACCGUUCACCAUCACCAUUUAUGACGCUGAGAAGUUACCAAAAUGUCCUUCUCACCAAGUGAUGCUUUUGUCAUCUUCUCCAGCUUUACUCUCAUGA